ACACUUAGCGAGCCUCCGUGAUGUAGCUAGUUACCCUGUUAUAACUCUUAACACUGUCCUAUCUGGCAGCUACAGGCAGUACAGCGGGGGAGGGCCCUCCGGCAUCCCCCCGCAAUUUUCCCACCACCUACAGGAAAAACAACCAUUCCAAAAAUGACUCUCCCCCCCCGUAUGUGUGUGUGUGUGUGUGUGUGUGUGAAUUUGCACUAAUGUAAUAUUAUCUAGUCUUAGCUAAGGUGGGUAGCAGCAAGGGGACAUGGUGGAGGUUGUGGUAUUCUGGGUUGCAAGGGGGUGGGGAAGGAGAGAACUGAGUCGACAGUGUUAACAACCUAUGAACGCAUAUCACAGAGCUGCGAAUGCAAUGCUUAUCGUAUAUUGAUCGUUCCACGCGUUUAAUAAUAGCUUGAUUGCAUGACAGCUGGUGCACGAGACGGAUCAAGCUUGGCGACCAGCUAGCCUGCUAACUUUAGCUAUGAGGGGGGAUUAGCCCUAAGAAGGCCCCUGUCAUUUCAUCGCCUCUUGAUGGUGGUGGUGGUGGUGCUGGUGUACAGGCCUGUACACACACACAAACACAGAGACAGUUAACAUGUAGUCACCUUCCUCAAUAUGUAUUGGACAAUGGCUGAUAAUCUUCAGGGUGGCACAUAGAGGUCGACAGAUGUGGUUUUUUCUAUGACCUAUGCCAAUAUUUAGAAAUCAUGGCAGUGGAUGGCCUGUAUAUGAAGUCAAUUUAGACAUGUUUGACAUUACAGGUGAGUAGUUAUCGUUAAUUACCACGAUACAAUGACAGAUAAAGGUUAGAUUUCUGCUUCUUUGUGGACAAAACACACUUGUUGAACAGAUACACAUUUCUCAAAUAAGAGGGAAAACAUUUGCUCUCAAAGUGUGUUAGCAAAGUGCAUACAUUCAUUUAUACUGAGUCUUUGUUACAUUGAUAUAUUGUUAUUAAAGUUUAUUUGACAUGUUUUUAUUUUUGUACAGUUUAUUAUUGUUAAAGAAUGCGUAAAGGUCCAGGGUUGUAACAAGCAGUGGACUCUUUGCUUACCUCUCCCUUUUGCAUAACAGAAAAGAUGUUUGUUUACAGCGCAAGGUCCACUUCAAAAUACAAAAGACUGUGGCUGAAUUGUUGUACUAUGGUGGCGUUCAUAAAGCAAGGCCCCUGCCUAAAUCACAAAUAAAAGUCUUGUUCCAAGGCUAUAGAGAGCAAAUUAUAGAAACAUCACUAGUAUAUUCAAUUUCUGCCAAUAAAUCCCUCCUAUAUGUUAUAAAGUGCACCUUUAAUUCAAAUAAACAGAAGGCUGGUCUCCAUUCAAAUCACUCACAAAAAAGUGCAAAGAAAGAUCAAAAAGUGUUUGAUCAAAGGUGAUUUUGCUGCUUCUCAUCUGUUAUUGUAGUACUAUUUUCUUCUAACGCUAAGUUGAGAAAUGUUCUAAUUUCCUCAUCAGUCCACUCCACACAUGCCUCAUCACAUCUUUCUUCUGCUUUUCCAUCGUGGUGAAAAGUGGAUGCUGGGCGUUUCAGUCUCUUGAUUUUUAAAUGUCAUCCUUUAUUUGCUGAAUCUGUUUACACUGCACUUAUUUUCAGUUACCCGUGACCUGCUAACAACACCUACGUUUGUUUCAUAUAUUUUAAAUCAUGUAGGUACUAAAUGUUAAGUACACGAACCAGCUAAUCAAAACAAUAGUUGUCAAAUAAACGUUUGGAUGAAAAAUAGUUUUAGUGCCCUACUGUAGCAGUAUUUGUCAUGUUUCUGAGAACAGAAUUAGCACUUGCCAAGACAACAUCUGGUAGAUACUUGUCAAAAAUGGUGAAAAUUGUAGGCAGUUGACUGACUUCAGCAUAGCAUCACCUUAUCAACUCUUCUGUGCCCAACAUGGCUCAGAGGGUUUGUUUAGUUGCAGCCUAUUCUCUGCACUGCUUGCUGUACCAGACAGAAACUUUGCAACUAUCUUAAUUCUCCAACAAUAAACCACAAACCCAUGAGUAAUUGUUAUAAAUAGCCAAUAUAUCUGACAUGAAGGCAUUGUGGGACUGUUUCUGCCUCAGGCCUCACUGCUACAUUUUAGUCUCAGCAACAUAAACAAAGCUUUCCCUCUGUACAGCAUCCUGACCAAAUAUGGUGAAGAAAUGACAAAUGCCCUCUUUCCAUUCAUAAAACUAGGAACUACUGCUGUGUGUGCGCACACACUCGCACAGAUACACUUGAAUUGUGUCGGAUGUGUUUAUUUAGAGCCCCAAUUCUAAUCCUGCUGUGGUAAAAGUCCACCAAGGCUCACUUCUCACACUCGGCUUGUCAUUGACGGGAGCAGCUUGUCAUCAGACCUUCGUCAGAGGAUAAGGGGUAUUACAAGCUUUGAAAGGUUUGACGUAAUUUGGCCUAUUGGCCCAUGUUACUUUGCACUCAUUUACUUUGAUGUCUGCAGCUGGUCAUCACUGUGUGUCACAUGCAGUAAUAUCAAACAUCCUGGGUUGUCUGUAUAGAAGCUGUAGGUUCGUGGAGGAAGUUUUGAAAGGUUACUUCCAUUUGCUGUCUUACUACAGUAGUUAGUCACUUAUUCCUGAGAAUUGCCCACUACCUUCAAGCACUUUACACCUUUAGAAACCCGUGGAGAACCAUCUGUGUUCAGUUACACACUUAGUGUGUUUUAAUUAAUGUCACUUUAUGGUACCGUGCGAAUGUUCCUCUGGAAUUUAUUGACCUGUUGAGAGAGACCUGGCAGACAUGGUGAACAGUGUCAAACAUAGACAUUCAGCAGACAAAGGUGAUCAGAUCAGUGACAGUUCUUAUUACUGCCAAGUAUUUCUUUUCGAAUGCCAGUAUGAUCCACAGAUCCUGGGCUGUGGCUAACUGUUAAACCUGUUUAAGCUGACACCGUGCCCUGAGCUGCAGAUUUGUUUGAAGGGUAGCUGCUCUGAUUAAGACGACCUGGUUACCUACAACCCUGUUUAUACUCUAGACUCCCCGUGUUUACUUUAUAUAGCUGUCAUUAGCUGCCAUUAGCUGGAUCUCGUGAAGCGGCUCCACGAUAGUCACACUUGGUCACAUGGAGAUUUAACAGUUGCCAUCAUGGCAGCUAUUUUGCGCUCAAUGUCUGUAAUGUAACAGAGGAGAGUGACAUAGCCAAUCAUGUUAUUCUUGUUUGGAUUUUGGCAUUGUUAUCAGCAAAGGUUGCCCCACUGUCUGUGUGUGCGCUUGCUUAUUUACCCCCCCAAGGUACAAAAUGUUUGAGAGCAGUUUAUGUGCACCAAAACAACACUUUUUUCUUCUUCUCUGUAAUCAACCGAAGAGAGAGUUAUGUUGUAACACGGCAACUAAUCUUUGGCUUGUAAAAUUAGAUUUAUUUGAUUAAUCAGAUUAUGAGAGUAGUAGCAGUUGAUUAAUUAGUUUGUUGAUCUGCACAACCUCUGUUAUGUAAUUCACCAUUUAAGUUAUGUUGAAGCUAAAACGAGGAUUGCAUUUGACCAUACAAUAUUUAUUUAUUUAUUUAGUUAGUUAGUUGGUGUAGUCUUUUAGUUUAACAAGGCCAAUCAGGAAGAAUAUAUUGAAAAGCCACCAGGGAUUUUUAGAUUAUUACGAGUGACGUCACAACUGUUCGUUACCUUAACCUGGACAUAAACAUGAUUGAUUAAUUGAAUAGAGUACUUGGGUUUGAAGUGGUUCAUAAACAUCAUCUUAUUUAUCAUAAUAUGAUUAAUCAAUAUGGAUGAUGGUGUGUGUUGUAGCACUAGAUCAACGUGGAUCAUAUUCGAUCUCUUAUUUUAGUCAGUCAACCAGAUGAUCUUAAAUGACUUAUCUGUGAUAUUCUCAACGCUAAUAAUUAAUAAAUACAACAUAUUUUUCAACAAUUGUUUCUCCCCUAUUUGUUGUUAUCUUUUUAAUCUAACCUAAUAUGCACGACUGAAUUUCUACUACAUGGCAUUUGGGUACACCUGUUCUUCUAACACCGCGGUAGACAGUCAGUCUGUGUUCAAAUUCCCCAGUUGAAUGUCAACUCUGUUUUCAUUCUUGUCGCUUUGUUUCACCACAUACUGCUUGUUGAUGGUUGAUGUGUUGUGUUAUACUUGUUGUUAUGUACAUGAACUCUAUAUUUCUCUCUUCUCUUCUUGUAUCAUCCCAUCCAUGUGGGUGAUUGUUCCUGCACAACUUUGGUGAUCAAUAGAGACUUUUGUUAAAGAGUUUCUAGCUAAAGCCAAAGAAGAUUUCUUACGGAAAUGGGAAUGUCCACCACAGAGCACAACGUGCCUAGAUGACUUUGACAGAUUAAAGACCUUGGGUACUGGCUCAUUUGGGAGAGUCAUGUUGGUGAAACACAAAGGAACAGAGCAAUACUUUGCCAUGAAAAUACUGGACAAGCAAAAGGUGGUAAAACUCAAGCAAAUAGAACACACACUAAACGAGAAGAGGAUAUUACAGGCUGUGAGCUUCCCCUUUCUUGUCAAACUUGAGUACGCGUUUAAGGACAACUCUAAUUUGUACAUGGUGAUGGAGUACGUUCCAGGGGGAGAGAUGUUUUCACACCUAAGACGAAUUGGAAGAUUCAGUGAACCACAUGCACGAUUUUAUGCCGCUCAAAUAGUUCUGACAUUUGAGUACCUCCAUUCACUAGAUCUCAUAUACAGAGAUCUGAAACCUGAGAACCUGCUUAUCGAUCAUCACGGCUACAUUCAGGUGACAGACUUCGGAUUUGCCAAGAGGGUAAAAGGCAGGACCUGGACGUUGUGUGGGACACCGGAGUACCUGGCACCAGAAAUCAUCCUCAGCAAAGGCUAUAACAAAGCUGUGGACUGGUGGGCCCUCGGAGUCCUCAUCUAUGAAAUGGCAGCUGGCUACCCUCCGUUCUUCGCGGAUCAACCUAUUCAGAUAUAUGAAAAGAUUGUGUCUGGAAAAGUCCGGUUCCCCUCCCACUUCAGCUCCGACUUGAAGGACUUGUUGAGAAACCUGCUGCAAGUGGAUCUGACCAAACGCUAUGGCAACCUGAAGAAUGGAGUCAAUGACAUUAAGGGCCACAAAUGGUUUGCCACAACAGACUGGAUCGCUAUCUAUGAGAGAAAGGUGGAAGCCCCAUUCAUACCAAAGUGCAGAGGCCCAGGCGACACCAGUAACUUCGAUGACUAUGAGGAGGAGGAAAUCCGCGUUUCUGUUACAGAAAAAUGCGCAAAAGAGUUUGCAGAGUUUUAGGACAUGGGGGACAUGGAUAAAUCAGGGAAAAUAAGGGGAUCUUUGCACUCUUCUAAAGACUUGGGAUGGAGCAGAGACCACGGUUUUUUUCAGCUCUACUACAUUGACCUUUCAUUCCACAGGGCUGAAUGAGGUCGACAUGAUCCUUGGGUGCCGAUAACCUCUCACUGUCACUUACACCUGCGUAUUAAAGCAGACACACACCACUUUUUUCUUUAUUUUUUUGUACCUACCAACUGUUUUUUUGUUUUGUUUUUUACUUUGAAGCAGUUAGUCAUGGAUGUUGUUAUCCCCUUUUAAAAUGUGAUAUUUUUUCACUUUAUGAGGAAAACUAAGACAAUGGCCAAUAAUAGUCCACACAGUCUACUACUACUACUACAUUGUAGCCGACUUGUCUGUGGCAGUUUGACUCACAGUUGUGUGGGUUGAAGGAGGUUCCUUGUAGUAGUGUAUGUUUGAUGGUCUGUUACAAGUCCACAUCACAUUGGCUACUGUAAAGUGCUGGCCAGCUUUCAGAAGUAGUGUUCGUCCUAUGUUUUGUAAGACAUUUGAACAUGUUGGGUGUUUAAAGCAUGACCAAAUAGAAAUUAUUGGGUGACACAAGAAGAGAGGUCCUUUCCUUUCUUUGCUUUUUGCCUUAGACCCCCUCCCUCCCACUAAAGCACCCAUCCACUCUCUGUCUUGUUGGUAUUCUGACCCAGACACAGCAAGAAAAUGACAAAACUUGUUACAGUAGUGAAAUGCAAAUCCAUUCUUUUGUUUGAUCCUUUGGGGUCUGUUUGUUACAUGUAAAGUUUGUCAUUUGGUAUCUUACGCUUAUUUUUGUCACUGUGUCUAACAGUUUUGUCAUAUUGUCCCUAGAUUUCAGGUCUGCUUAUAAAGGCCUGUUGUUACGAGUCUGUGGAACAAUGUGAUCUCAGUAAAUCAAAAAGAAUGAAGUGAAAUCCUUUGAGGGGUUUUUAUUGAGUGUAACAUAAAGUUGAAAAGAUAUGUGUGAGUAGUGUUGCGGCUUUUUGCCUCAACAUUGUUAGUGAUUCCUUACAAAAAAGUACAGAGUUUAUAAUGUAUUAAAUCAAGGAUGUUUUAAAAAUCUUUUAAGAAACAGGAAUGCAAAACUGUAAUAAUUUGCCAUAUUUUCCCUGUUACCACGCCCAAGCAGAUUGUUGAUUCAUUCUUGUCAAAGAAUGUAGAUUUGCAAAUUAUAGGUAUGCUUAUUCGAAAACUUGAUUUCAAGGUACAGUUUUCCUCACAAUACACUGUCUAAAAUAAAGACUGCUCCUUUGUAUCACAUGUAACCCUGUUAUUGUUAAGCUCAUUACAUUAUUCGUAUAUGCAUUGUUUCAUAUAUGUUCUUAUUUAUACACAUUAGAGAUGCUAAUAAAUUUUAUUUUUAAAAGUG